AUGAAAGCUGUGUUAUAUUACCCAGGAGUGCUGACCGCUUCUUUCUCUCCUCCUCCCCCUCUCUCUCCCCCCUCUCCCCUCAUCCCUCUGUUCCCAGGCUGCGGAAAGGCCGGCUCGUGGACGCUGACCAGGGGGGGCAGCGGUAAAGAUGGAUCUCCAAUCCGUGGCGUUCGGAGCCUCCCCCCGGGGACGCCGCUGCCUGUCGUGCGGCCUGGCGGGCUGCUGACCUACCGCUCCGGUGAUUUAUGGCGACUGGAGGCCACCGCGGACCCCCACCUCCUCACUACCUCCGCCGGGACACCCCUCCUCUGCCGCCGCUCCCCAAGACACUGCAUCAUCGGCGGAGGAAGCACUCACGCCUCGGGCUGGACGGAGAUUAAACGCUUCCAUAAAGUUUGUGGCGCGUCACGUGUGCGUUAG